AAAUAUUUUUAUUUUAAAUUAAUUUUAAAUUUAAAAAUUUGAAGUGUCUUUUAAGAUUCUUUUAAAUUAGUUGUUGAGUUCUUGAAGGAAAAAUUCAGAAAAUGUGUACAUGUUGACAGAUUCACAUGUCUGAAAAAAAAAAACCUCACUUUCACUCUCCCUAUCACGGUGAAAUAAAUAAAGAAAAGAGAAAAGAAAAUUAUUGAAAAAGACUGCUAUCCCCCUUCUUCAACCAUCCUCCCCUCUCGCCUUUUCAUUUAUUUUAUUAUUAUUUUCCCUCUCUGUUUCCAUGGCUUCUACCUCUUCCUUUCCCUUCCCUUGACCUUACUUGUUCCUCAUGGUUGAUCUGUCAUGGGUUUUUGAUUUCUCCACCUUUUGGGGUUAGUUCUGCUUCUACCAUCUCCAUUCGUCAUUUCAAGUAAGGGUUUUUAUUUCCACGUUGGAAUUUUUUUCAAUGGUUCUAGGUUUUGCCUUAAGAUUUAUAUCGAGGUAUUGAAAGUAGGUACGGUGAAAACGGUGAAACUGGUGAAAAGUUAGGGGUUUUAUUAGGUUUUUUUGAUUUGGGUUAUAUUUGUUUGAUGAGUUUUUGAGGUAUUUGUAAUGGUGGCAGCAUGGUGAAUAAGUAGUAGGAUUUUAUUGGAGCUUUGUGUUUGUUUUGCAAUUUUACUGAAGGUGAUAUUUUGAAGUGGGUAUGGUGGGCAAAGAGGAUGUUCCUGUUAAUCCUAGGGCUCCAUCAUGCCUGCUUUCUGGGUCUCGGAAAAUGUUUUGGCGUUCAGCUUCGUGGUCCUCUUCCCGAACGAGUGGUCAAAUUCCUGAAAUUGAGGACAAAGAUCUAGGAGCAGAUCCUAAUGGUAAUGAUGGUAGUAGUAAUGGACAAACUCGCAGGUUUCCUCCUCCUCCUUUAACCCCUCGGUCGCAACAGAAUUGUAAGGCCAGGUCGUGUUUGCCACCUUUGCAGCCCUUGUCAAUUGCACGGAGGAGUUUAGAUGAGUGGCCAAAGGCUAGUUCCGAUGAUCUUGGUGAAUGGCCACAGCCGCCGACCCCAAGUGGGAACAAGAGUGGUGAGAGGUUAAAGCUAGAUUUAUCAUCAAUUCAGCGUAAUAAUGAUAAGAAUGGUGGGCUUCUAAAGAGGGAAAAGAUUGCUUUCUUUGAUAAAGAAUGCUCAAAAGUGGCAGAGCAUAUUUAUCUUGGUGGAGAUGCUGUUGCUAGGGACAGGGAAAUACUAAAACAAAAUGGGAUCACUCAUGUUUUAAAUUGUGUGGGCUUUGUUUGUCCGGAAUAUUUCAAGGCUGAUUUUGUGUACAGAACUUUGUGGUUGCAAGAUAGUCCAUCAGAGGAUAUUACUAGCAUACUUUAUGAUGUUUUUGAUUAUUUUGAGGAUGUUAGGGAACAGGGUGGAAGGGUUUUUGUUCAUUGCUUCCAGGGGGUAUCAAGGUCCACAUCAUUGGCGAUAGCAUAUCUUAUGUGGAGAGAGGGACAGAGUUUUGAUGAUGCCUUUCAGUACGUAAAGGCUGCAAGAGGAAUAGCAGAUCCAAAUAUGGGUUUUGCUUGCCAGUUGUUACAGUGCCAAAAGAGGGUCCAUGCAUUCCCAUUGAGCCCCAGUUCCUUAUUGAGGAUGUAUAGAAUUGCACCUCACUCACCUUAUGAUCCCUUGCACCUAGUCCCUAAAAUGCUGAAUGAUCCUUCUCCUUCUUUGCUGGAUUCUAGAGGUGCAUUUAUUGUUCAAAUACCCUCUGCAAUAUAUAUUUGGAUUGGUAAAAACUGUGAAUCUGUCAUGGAAAGAGAUGCAAGAGGCGCUGUUUGUCAGAUUGCUCGGUAUGAGAGAGUGCAGGGGCCUAUAAUAGUGAUAAAGGAAGGAGAAGAACCAGCUUAUUUUUGGGAUCCUUUUUCAAACCUUUUACCUUUGGUGGAUAAAUCUGGAACUAAAGUUGAUGUAGGGGAGUCAGCAGUUAAGAUUUGCCCUGGUGAGAGGAAAGUGGAAGCAUAUAAUGUUGAUUUUGAGAUUUUCCAGAAGGCUAUACAGGGAGGUUUUGUCCCUCCAUUAGCUUCAUCAGAGAAUGAACAUGAAACCCACCUUCCUGCAAGAGAAAGCAGCUGGAGUAUGCUCAGACGUAAGUUUGCCUCUGGUGUAAUGAAGGAGUUUGUCUCAGCACCAAAGAUAUUGCUUUCCAGGGUUUAUUCAGAUUCAAUGAUGAUAGUUCACGCAUCAUCACCGUCAUCAACAUCAUCCUCUUCAUCUUCAUCUUCAUCUUCCUCACCUCCUUAUCUCUCUCCUGAUUCCAUAUCUUCUGAUUCCAGUACUUCUUCAAAAUACUUUUCUGAAUCCUCCCUGGAUUCACCUUCAGCCGUUUCCUGUUCUCUUCCAAUUUCUUCUACUUUCUCUAACUUUUCUAACUUAUCUCUUGUUUCAUCCCAAACUUCUUCUCGCCCCAAAUUUAAUAGCUCUGAAACUGUCAGUGUCAAUCUCACUUCUCAACCUUGUUCUCAGCCUGCAUCUUCACCCCUAAAAAUGGUUUCACCCUCCCUCGCAGAACGCCGAGGCAGUUUGUCAAAGUCUCUCAAACUGCCAGUGAACGAUAAUGUUAGAGAAACAAAUGAUCUGUCAUGCUGUAUUGUCAAGCAAGAUGUGGUCAGGAUAAAUGAUGAUACUAGAACAUCAUAUGAGUCGGAUAUUGAAAUUGUCUUUGAUUCCAAGCUUGGUGUUAGAAAUGGAGGGGAUAUUUUGAUUCAAGGUUCCAGUUUGAAGAUAUCUCCAGGUAGAAGAGCUAAUGCUGACUCACGUGAUAAGGAAUCUACUUUUGUUAAUAGUAAUUAUGCACCCCAGAGAAAUCAUCCUCCCCAGGAUGGUUUUGUGUCUGCUGUUCCAAAUAGGAUGGAGGAAAGUAUUCCAUCAUGCCCUGGUGUAGUUCAACCUUUAGUAUAUCGCUGGCCCAGUAUAGAGAAGAUGACAAAAUUUAAUAGAAGCGAUCUAGAUUCAAAAUCUGCUUUUGCAAUUUUUUCUCCAGCUACAGUAGUAGGCAAAAAUGAAGAUAGGAUUCUAUAUUUUUGGAUAGGAAGGUCUUUUCAUCAUGACAAAAGCUUGAUUCAGUUAGAUAGCAGCAGAGUGAUAGGGGAUAGAGAAGAUAUUGACUGGAACCAAGUUGGUUGUGAUGUUCUAACUCAAGGGGGUCUGCCGAAGAACACCCCUAUUAAGAUUGUCAAAGAAGAUGAAGAACCAACAGAAUUUCUUGCAUUGCUGAGGACAUUGUAGCUCUACCGCAAUUAAGGAGAGAUUUGCAAACCAGUAGUUUAUAGAUCAUCUACCUGUUUCUUCAAAUGGCUUGUUUUUGCUCUGGACUUUUAGGCAUCAAGCGUAAUUCCCAUUGCAAAACCAAUGAGGUAGUUAACCUUUUCUCCGGUCAUGUCUUCCUGGCAGUAUGUAAUUCCAGCAAGAUUUUCUGCUGUACCUGGGCAAUGUGGUUGGUUUAGCAGUUUUUAUGCAGAUUGGGAAUUGGUUUUUGGAAAAGACGGCAUGGCAAUUCACCUGGUUGUACAGCACCAUAGCACCAUCAAAACCGAUAAUCAUUUGUUUCGACGGACUUUUAUUGUAUAUUCAGUGUUAUUAGAAUCAAAUGCUGAAAUCUAGUUCCAAUCGAAAUAGAUACACUGUAAUUUCCCUUCUGUGGACUAGGUACUUUUUAUUUUUAUAAUUCUCAUAACUGUUUAAUUCAAAACUUUCUUUGAAGGCAGUUUCUAGCAGGAUCUUUCCAAGGCAAAUGCUGGAUUCCAAAACUGGAUAUCAUUUUAUUCUUCUUAUAUUCAUUUAUAAUAUUUGUUAAUGUUAUCUAGAGCAACAUUUCAGGGUUCUUUAAUUAAAUGAACUUAAUAAAGUUCGGUAAUGUCUGAUUCAUUUACAUCUCUUUUUUAUAAUUUUCUUCAUCUGGUGAGAAAAAAAAAAAAGAGAACAAGAUUAGGUCCUUUGAGUUAUUACCUUUGCAGUAACAGAUUCGACUAACCUUUAGUGAUUGGGUUGAUUUGUAGUGGAAGAUUAUCCUAAUAAAAGAAACUCCAUUAAUGCUGAAUGGCAGUGCAAACUAUAGAUGGACUACUCGGAAGUCAGAGGUAUCUUCAGUGAAUGUUCAUUUUGUCCAUUCCAGUUCUCUUAUUAAGUUAAUAUCUGCUGGAAAAACCUCUAUGUAAGGCAGUAACUGGAACGAGGAUCCACUGAAAUUCCUACAGUUCAUACAGACUGUUACUAUCCAUGGCAUCCUUCACAUCCCCAACAAGUGUGAGGUUGAAGCUUCAGGUUGAUAUAAAAGGCCAGAGGGUAAAGAUUUUGUUGAUUUUCUGUUGUCAUUGCCGGUUAGUACUGUUAAAGGCUGCUUACAAAACAGGGCAUGGUGGGUUGCCAUGGAAACCUUUGCCAGAGCAUUGAAUAUUUGCUUGAUACUUACAUGGAGCCUACAACAAACAAGGAUACCCAUGGAGCAAAUGUUCCUCUCUUGUUGACAAACAUUCUAUCAUCAAGAACUGGCAACUUUUAUCGGUGCAGUAAUACAAGUAAUAGUUUAUCCAAAAAGAAAAAAAAGAAAAAAAUAACAAAAAAACAUCCUUCAGUUUGUCAAAUGUUAACCUAUAUUGCAAAUGAUCCAACAUCAACCUGCCCUUGUCAACUGUUAUGUCAAAUGUUCCUGCAAAGAGGCCAUCACCUGCGCUGCAACAUCUGUAAACCCCCCCAAAAAAGGUUUUCAGCUUCAUUUGCUGCAAAUGUGGGUGGCUAUAUUAAAGGAGUUGUCACUUAUAUGAUCAUGGAUGAUCUGGUGUAAGCCCCCUCGUCAACUAUUUCAAGUAUAACUGCUAUGCUUAACAAGUUGAAUGAUAAAGAGGUUGGGGCUUUGAAAGAGAGUGAUUGAUGUAGCCAUGAAUGAUGGUGUGGAAUUACUGAAGGCAUCGCUGCUGUCUAAGUCUGCUUACUGACGUAUUCCUUACCCAAAAGGCAUUGCAGCAAUUGUUCCAAAUGCUUGAUGCUUCUGCUGCUGCUGCUGCUGCUGCUGCUUUAAUUGGUGGUCUCUUUACAAAUUACAAAUGCUUGCUAUUUUGAUGUAGAGAUAUGGUUGUUAAAUAUGUUGAUUUGUCAAGGUUUUUUUUUGUUAGUGUUAUAAUCUAUUAUAUUAUCAGAUUAAUAUUGUUUUGAAAUAAUUGUGGUUUGGAAUUG